AUGGCUGAUCUAGAAGUGAACGUUGACGAUCUUGUGGAGUUGCUCUCACCUAAUAUGGCCCUGCUCGUCCGCCGAAAAACAAUGGAAAUCGUCACUCAACUCGGUGCGCCACUCGACGGUUCAGCUGGAAAAUAUUUCCAGGCGAAAGACUUCGCACUGGGAAAAGCGAUUUGUCAGUUGUGCGAAGCGACUGCGUCCGAUCGUACGGAGACCCUAGCGGCACUCACCAAUUACACGUCUGGAUCGAUUGAAGCAGCCGAUUUUAUUUUGAAAAACUCGAAAUGUAUCGAAAUUGCGUAUACUGCAGUGGUGGCGAAUGCACUCUAUUCGUCAGUCGCCUCCCGACUUCUUGUCAAUGUCGCCCGCCAUUUCCCAGAUCGUGUUGAUCAGAAAUUGAGGGCGCGCAGUCCGGAUUUCAUUACGGCGUUGCUUGCCGAAAUCAAGAAAGCAGUGUCAUCGGGCGACGAGGCUCGCGCCAAAUUCAUCGGAUUCACCAUCGUCAAUCUCUCGAUUCUGUCACGUGUCCGUCAAUAUAUUGUUGGCGUCGGAAAAACAGGUGACAAUGAUGAAUUGGCGCCUCCGUCGACGACAACUCCACCGCUACCAAUUGUUUACGACCUGUUGGCAAGUGCAGCGAUGCCCGAAAUUCGAGAGUGUGCUGCUGAUGUGCUACGCAAUUUGGCGUUCGAUGAUGAGAGAUCUAGAGUUUCUGAAGGUCCUGAGGCUCAUCUCAAUCUGAAACUGCCAUCGCGACAGACUGAAAUGUCUAGAUUUCAGCAACCAGAUAGUCUGAAAUUUGAUCCUAGCAGUUUCGUAAUCCUAGGCUAUCUUUACAGAGCAAUUUGGAGGAUUCUGAGAAUUCUAGGGUUGAUCCAGGAUCGAAUAGCUACAAGUCUUGUCUGUGGUAAGAUUCAGAAUCCAGAAGAUUCAGAAUUUCAAGCUCUGAAGAGCCUCUAUGAUCUACCAGCUGACUGGCAUCAAUAG